AUGGCAUUCGUCGCAAACGGAAAUGAGUACGACUUCAUCAUCGUCGGCGGCGGCACAGCAGGAAACACUGUAGCAGGCCGUCUCGCCGAAAACCCCCACGUCCGCAUCCUCAUCAUCGAAGCCGGCAUCCCCAACCCACACCAAGUCCCUGAAAUCACCACUCCCUCCAAGGCCUUCAACCUGCGCGGCAGCAAGCACGACUGGGCCUACAAGUCCACCAUGAUCAAGCGCGACGACUACGAGCGCAUCGAGAAGCCCAACACCCGCGGCAAAGUCCUCGGCGGCUCGUCCUGCGCCAACUACUUCACCUGGAUCCCUGGCUCCAAGCCUACCUUUGACGACUGGGAGGCUUUUGGCGGCGAGGAUUGGAACUGGGAGGGUUGUGUGGAGUAUCUUCGCAGGUGUGCGACUUAUCAUGAUGAGGAGGGGCUUUAUCCUGCUGAGCUGGGGAAGAUUGGCUCGGGGGGACCUAUUCAGAUUGCGCAUGCGGAUCUUGUUCCUGAGAUGCAGCCUUGGCGUGAUGCUCUGACUGAAGCGUGGGUUUCCAAGGGCGAAGUCUUGACGGAGAAUAUUUAUGAUGGCGAGAUGAGAGGUCUUACGCAUUGUGUUGAUACUAUUCAUGGGGGUCAGCGACAGGGAAGUUUCUUGUAUCUCAAGAACAAGCCCAAUGUCAAUAUCCUCUAUGGCGUCCAGUCCAAGGAGCUGAUCAUUGAUCCCCGCACCAACACUUGUCUUGGUGUCACCGUCAUCAACCCCGAUACCAAGGGAGAACUCAGCGUCUUCGCCAGCAAGGAAGUCAUUCUAUCUCAGGGCGUCUUCGAAACCCCCAAGCUUCUCAUGCUUUCUGGUGUCGGUCCCGCCAAGGAACUCCAGAAGAACGACAUCAACGUCAAGCUCGACUCUCCUCACGUUGGCCAGCAUCUUCUCGAUCACCCUAUCGUUCCCUUCGUUCUCCAGGUCAAGGAUGGCUUCGGUCUAGAGGACUACAUCCUUCGAGAUGGAGCCGCCAACAGCGCUGCUGUCGCUCAGUACAAGCGUGACAAGACCGGUCCUGUCAGCUCUGGUCUCCUCGAACUCGUCGGCUUUCCUCGUAUCGAUGAGCGUCUCGAGCAGCACCAAUCCUACCGUGAAGCCAAGGCUGCGAACGGUGGUCUAGACCCCUUUGGUCCUAAGGGUCAACCUCACUUCGAACUCGAUUUCGUCGGCAUGUUCAGUACUGCUUUCCAAUGGCACUACCCCGUCCCCGAGAAGGGCAACUACAUGACCGUCAUCGUCGACCUUCUCCGUCCACUAUCUGAAGGUCAAGUCACUCUUAACAACAACGAUCCUCUUGUGCAGCCUAACAUUAACCUCAACUUCUUUGGCAAUGAUCUUGAUAUCCUUGCUAUGCGCGAAGGUGUUCGCUGGACUUAUGAUGUUCUUACCACUGGCAAGGGCUUUAAGGACAUUGUCCUUGGCGAAUAUCCUUGGAGAAUGCCCCUUGAGUCUGAUGAGGAGAUGAAGAGAGCUGUUCUCGAUCGCAGCCAGACUGACCCCUGCGGUACUGCACGUCUCUCUAAGAACAUCCAGCAGGGUGUUGUUGACUCUCGCCUCCGCGUUCACGGAAUCAAGAACCUCCGCAUUGCUGAUGCCUCCGUGAUCCCUGUCAUUCCUGACUGCCGCAUUCAGAACUCUGUCUACAUGAUUGGAGAGAAGGGUGCCGAUAUGAUCAAGGCUGAUCAUCCUGAGAUCUUUGGUCAGGAAGCUCCUACCAGGGCCAACCCAUUCACUAGCCGCCUAUAG